UAGAGACCUAACGCUUAUUUAGCAAGCUGCGAAGGUUACUCCAGCAAUUGAUCUCACAAAUAAAAAAAAGAAGAGAGAUAAAAGAAUAUGAGUUCUAGAGAUAUGUCGAUGGACACAAUAAUGGAAGACGACGAAUCAUUUGUUUCUAAUACAAAUGCAACCAUCUAUGGCGCUUCUUAUAUUUCAGUGCGAACUGAAAGCUUGAUCUCAGGUCCCAAUAUUCCUAAUUCGACUUCAACGAGUGAAGACGACUGUUACCAGCAGCAGCAGAUCUCAACUGCUGCUGGUGGCGGCGGCGGUGGUGAUGAUACUACUGAUGAUUUAAUUGUAUCAUCAUGUGCAUCAUCGAACUGGUUUACCAAUAAUAUUAAUAAUAAUAAGCAAGGAGAGGUAAGGAUAUUUAAUGUUGAUCUCAGGGCAUCAUUAUCAAAAUCACCUACUCAACCCCAAAAUUACUUUGCACAAGCAAACCCCAGUUCAUUCAGAAUGUUCAGGUCAGAUAAUUUUAAUACUGUUCAAUUAUUCCCUACAAGAUAUCGAAGAGAGAACAUGUUGAAUAGAUCCAUAGCAUUUUCGAGAAAAUUGUAUAACGCGACGGUGCCAGAACUGCUCCUGGUUCAUCAACUUCGAUUCAUUUCUAAUGCAUCCAUCAUAUACCCAAUCCCAAUAAAGCCGUGGAUACAUCUACGGGGUUUUUUUCAGAUUCAGGUUGACGAUAUAUCAAAUCAACGAUCUUCCUCCUCUUUCCGGUUCAGAUGGACUACUUUUCUUCAUGACCGGUUUGUUCAGAUUGUGGAACUUCUUGGUGGCCAUGAAAGGGCUGAUCCGCAAUUAAUACUGGAGCUAAUGGGUAUCCAAGAUCUCAAACUUAUUUACGUCAAAAGUCAUUUGCAGAUGUAUCGUGCUGUUAAAAAUGAUGGUGCAAUGGAAAUUUGAAGGGACUUGAGUAGAGAUUUGAAAUUAAAAGAUUGAGAAGAAACUAUGUUUUCAGAGUUGAUUUGGUCUUGUUACAUCAAUGAAGCAUAUUUAACGUUCAAUUAAAGUUAAAAGAUGUAACAACAAUAACAUGUCAAGUACAAUUACAUAA